GUUGGCCUUGUGUCCGUUGUCUCUCCUCACGUAUCUGUAGUUGGAGAGCAGGGUGUUAGCGCGCGUACCACCAAUGAAGACAAAGCUGUCGCUGUUGGGCCUCACAGGAGCACUCGUGAGCGUCGGCCCAACAAUUGUGUCGAGGUAGCAGACUGGGACAACUAAUAGCGUGUAGUGUGUGCGUGUGAUCCGGCUGCGUCCAGCGAUAAGAAGUGAACGGAGAGGAGACUCAUGCAGAUAUGAACAAACCUAAAUCCUGAAUGAGCAAGCUGCCCUCGUCGGGUCAGCCGCCACAACCUUCUUCUCCUACCUCCUGAUCCCAUUCCUGCUAGCCUUCCCCAAUUACCUACUCUCUUGCUAACACCUGGUAUCGAAGCCACAUCUUGGUGCUUCCCUCUCUGCUCGAUCUGGAUUCUUCCUCUACCCACGAUCAUUUCACUCGUCUCCAGCGCCGUCUCGGAGCCAUGAAUCCUGACAUCAAGCUUGUGCUGGACACCAUGUCCAAGCACUUCGAGGAUCAGGACGCUCGUUGGGAGAAGCGCUUCGCCGAGCACGACGAGAAGUGGGAGCGCAAGUUCCUGGAGACCGAUACGGCUCAGGACGUGCGUGCCUCUCAGAUCGAGCGCGCGGCGGACGCGCUCGAGCAGUGGCAGCCCGAGAUCGAGGGAUCCGUCGAUGAUCUGCGUUUGGAGGUGAAGAAGCUCAACAAGUACUAUGAACGCGCCACCAUCGAUCACCCGGUGGAGGCGCCGCUUCUCCCAACCACUCCUCUGCUUCCGGCCAGGCGCACAUCUGCGUCGGCUUCGACCCAUUGGCCCAACGGGCACCGCGUCGACACCAAUGCACGGGAGGAUGGCUUUGGGUCGGUUACGACCAUAGUUCAUCCCCCGCCCAAGGGAGGAUGUCUUAGUUGCUGCCAAGGGCUUUGAUUCUCGUCGGGAGAGUUUUUCUUCUGUCAAGCCAACAGCCAAAGGGCCUCAUCCAUUACCUGCUCCUCCUAUGGCCUCCAACAAACAAGCACAGCCUAUUUUACCAGAAGAAACUCAAACUUUGUGAAGGCAAGUCUCCAGCUGAACGCUGGUCGGCUCUACAGGCAUUUCGGCGUGCCAAAGGUCUGUGUGUUCGCUAUGCUGACAAGUGGAGUCGAGAUCAUAAGUGUCCUCCCAGUGUUCAGUUACAUGUGCUGCAAGAAAUGUUGAAAUUAUUCAGUUUGGAGGAGUCCACCCAGUUGCCUGUUGAUUCUGAUCAACAGGAUCAGUUAUUCAUGGCCUUGUCUCAGGCAGCUGUUACCGGCAAUGAUGGCCCCAAAACACUCAGGCUCAAGGGUUCUCUGCAAGGUCAUCCUGUCCUUAUACUUGUAGAUUCUCGCAACAGCCACACAUUUGUCAGUCAGCACUUAGCAUUCUCUCAUUUGUCAGGCAUUCAGUCCCUUCAGUCCAGCAUUCAAGUUAAAGUUGCCAAUGGCCAUAUCAUAUCUUGUGAUAGUUGGAUUGCUCAGGCUAAGUGGGAGGUUGAUGAGUAUUUCUUUUCCACUGAUAUGAGAAUUUUACCUCUGCAUCAUUUUGAUGUCAUCCUCGGUAUGGACUGGUUGGAGGCCCACAGUCCCAUGAAAGUUGACUGGAAAUCUAAAUGGUUGGAUGUACCUUACAAAAAUUCUACUGCAGUUCUCCAGGGCAUUUUGCCUGCUGUUCCUGAGGAAGUAAUUGUUCAUCUUUGUAGUUUGCCAUCACUUGCAGCUACUCCAGCUGUUUCCCUCAGCCCUGAAGUAGAGGCCAUUAUUCAACAGUUCUCCCAGGUGUUUGAGCCACUCUCCUCAUUGCCUCCUGAGAGAUCCUGUGACCAUGCUAUUCUUUUGGUCCCUGGAGCUAAAGUUGUUUCCAUCAGACCCUACAGAUAUCCACCUGCCCUCAAAGAUGAAAUAGAGAGACAGGUUGCUGAUAUGCUUGCCAAAGGAAUUAUUCAACCCAGUCAGAGUUCAUUUUCUUCUCCCAUCUUAUUAGUCAAGAAGAAGAGUGGUGCUCGGAGAUUCUACAUUGGUUACAUAUACCUCAAUGCUUUAACUCUGAAAAGUAAAUUCCCUAUCCCAGUUUUUGAAGAGCUUAUGGAUGAAUUGGCUUCUGCCCAAUGGUUUUCUACUUUGGACUUGGCCUCUGGUUAUCACCAAAUUCGCAUGAAAAAGGGGAUGAGUUCAAGACAGCCUUCCAGACUCACUUUGGCCACUUUGAGUUUAAGGUGGUAGCUUUUGGUCUGUGUGGAGUACCUGGUACAUUCCAAGGGGCUAUGAAUUCUACCAUGGCUCCAUUACUACGCAAAUGUGUUCUAGUAUUCUUUGAUGACAUCCUGGUUUAUAGCCCUUCAUUUGAGGAACACCUCUGUCACCUCAGACAGGUUCUGCAGCUUUUGGCUAAGGAUAAAUGGCAAGUCAAACUGUCCAAAUGUUCCUUUGCACAGCAACAAUUGGCCUAUUUUGAACACAUCAUCAGUGGUCAAGGGGUAGCUACUGACCCAGCAAAAAUUUCUGCCAUUGUUGAUUGGCCAGUGCCUUCUUCUGUCAAAGAACUGAGAAGUUUUCUGGGCUUGGCUGGAUAUUAUAGAAAGUUUGUGAAGCACUUUGCAAUAAUUGCCAAACCUUUAAUAUCUCUCUUGAAAAAACAAGUUCUCUUUGUCUGGACUCAGGAACAUGAUGCAGCCUUCCAGCUCUUGAAACAAGCUUUGGUUUCUGCCCCAGUGCUUGCUAUGCCUGACUUUACCAAAACCUUCUGCAUUGAGAUUGAUGCAUCUAACAGUGGAGUGGGAGCUGUGCUUCUUCAGCAAGGGCAUCCUUUGGUAUUCAUUAGUAAGCCCCCUGGGACCCAAGACAAGAGGUUUAUCAACUUAUGAGAAGGAAUACUUAGCUAUUCUCAUAGCUGUGGAUAAAUGGGGAGCAUACCUACAACAGGCUGAAUUUGUUAUUUAUACUGACAAGAAAAGCCUGGUCUUCCUGAAUGAAUAGAGAUUGAAUACACCAUGCAACAAAAAGUUUUUUACUAAACUAGUAGGUUUCCAGUACAAGAUAGUGUACAAACAAGGUUCAGAAAAUAGUGUAGCUGAUGCCUUGUCCAGAAGAGCCCAUUCUAAUGGCCAUCUGCUGUCUAUCUCUUCUUGUUCUCCUACUUGGUUGCAAGAGGUGUUGCAGAGCUAUCAAAAUGAUGAGUUUGCUUCCAGUACUAUUGCAAAACUGUCAGUUGACUCAGCUGCUGUUCCAAAUUACACCUUGAUUGAUGGCAUUCUCAGAUACAAGAACAAUAUUUGGGUGGGAUCUGAUCUGGCUCUUCAGCACAAAUUGAUAUCUGCCCUACAUAAUUCAAUAAUUGGGGGACAUUCUGGUGUGCUUGUCACUUUAAGAAGACUCCAGCAGUAUUUUGCAUGGUGAGGCAUGAAUGCUGCAGUACAUUCUUUUGUUGCUGGUUGCUCUGUUUGCCUCCAAACCAAACCCGACAGAUCCUUAUGCUCCAACCACUGCCUGUGCCUGAUGGAGCCUGACAAGUCAUUUCCCUGGAUUUUGUGGAGGGAUUACCUAAGUCUAAAGGCAUGGAUGUCAUUCUUGUGGUGGUUAACACCUUCUCUAAAUAUAGUCAUUUCUUAGCUUUGGCUCGCCCUUUCACAGCAGUUUCUGUGGCUCAGCUGUUUAUGACCAACAUUUAUAAGCUGCACGGCAUGCCAACAGCACUCAUCUCUGAUCGGGAUCGUAUCUUCACUAGUAAGUUGUGGCAAGAGCUUUUCAGACUUGCUGGUGUGGAACUGAAAAUGAGUUCGUCCUACCACCCCCAAACGGAUGAGCAGACCGAGCAUGUCAACCAAUGUAGGGAGACAUUUCUGAGGUGUUUUGUCCAUUCUUGCCCGACUAAGUGGUUCUCUUGGCUCUAUUUGGCCAAAUUCUGGUACAACACGAGUAGCCAUUCGGCCCUGGGUCGCUCUCCCUUUGAGGUAUUAUACGGACAUGCUCCAAGAGUCUUUGGUAUUCAACCAUCUGAUGCUUCUCCUGUAUCGGAUCUUACUGCUUGGUUGUCAGAGCAUGAGCUAAUGCAACAACUGAUUGUCCAACAUCUGCAUCACACUCAGCAGCACAUGAAGCGCCAAUCCGACAAGCACCGAUCUGUAUGCGUCUGUCGCUGAACGGGCUCAUCAGAAGCUGGCUUUCAAGUUUUUCGGUCCCUUCAAGAUCGUGGCCAAGAUUGGUUCUGUGGCUUACAAGCUCCUACUUCCAGCUUCGGCUGCCAUUCACCCUGUCUUUCACGUGUCGCAACUGAAGUGGGCCCCUCCUCCUAAUCACCUAGUUCUUGCCCAGGUACCUGAUCUGUCUGACCAUUUUCAGAUUCCUCAGAAAAUCUUGCGGAAGGGUCUCGCUGCUAUGGGCUCUACUCCUACGCCUGAAGUACUCGUCCAGUGGUUGGGUCUUCCCCCAUCGCUCGCCAUAGGGAGAACCUGGAAGAUCUCCGGCCGCGUUUUCCUCAGGCGCUUGCCUUGGGACUGCAGGCUCUUUUGGGGGGAGCAGUGUUAGCGCGCGUACCACCAAUGAAGACGAAGCUGGCGCUGUUGGGCCUCGCAGGAGCACUCGUGAGCGCCGGCCCAACAAGCGUGUCAAAGGAUCGGACUGCGCCAAGUAAUAGCGUGUAGUGUGUGCGUGUGAUCCGGCUUCGUCCGGCGAUAAGAAGUGAACAGAGAGGAGACUCAUGCAUGUAUGAACAAACUUGAAUCCUGAAUGAGCAAGCUGCCCUCAUCGGGUCAGCCGCCGCAACCUUCUUCUC